UUUUGGCGGUCCUCGGGGUCAGGAGGCAGAGAGCGUAGAGUCGGCAUUGAGGUGACAGACAGAGAAAGCGCGGGAAGAGGCUUUGUCCCCAGUGACUAGAGGCGGUUCUAUAGUCGGGCACAUCGCCGCUUGCGGGGCCGGUCUGGAGACGUUGGUGCCCGGUCCGUUCGGGACGCUCGGCUGUCCCCUCUCUGCCCCGGCUUGUGGCUCAGGUGGCGGCGGCGGCGGCACCGAGGGACCCGCCUCAGGUUUCCAUGGCUGCAGAAGUGCUUUUGGAACCUAGCCAGGCCACCAAUGGAAAGAGAUGUGGAAGCUUAUCACAAAAACGGGAAGUGCUUGGAGGGAAGUGUGACCUUUGAGGAUGUGGCCCUGUAUUUCUCCUGGGAGGAAUGGGCUCUCCUUGAUGAGGCUCAGAGAUGCCUGUACCACGAUGUGAUGCUGGAGAAUUUUGCACUUACAUCUUCCUUGGGCUGUUGGCAUGGAGUAGAAGAUAAGGAAGCACCUUCUCAACAGAGCAUUUCUGUAGAUGGAGUGUCACAGAUCUGGAUUCUCAAGGCAGGUUCAUCUCCCCAGAAGGCCCAGCCCUUUGAGAUGUGUGGCCCAAUCUUGGGAGAUACUUUGCACUUGCCUGAGCACCAGGGAACACAUCUUGGGCAGAAACCAUACACGUGUGGGAAUCGGUUCUAUUUCUCUGCCAACCUUCAACAGUAUCAGGGACAGCACAUUGGAGAGAUACCCAUCAGAAGUUCUGUGGACAGAGCCUUGUUUAUAAAGAGCCACACAACCCAUGUGUCAGGGAAAUCCUUUUCCUGUAGGGAGAUAGGGAAAGACUUCUUAGCCAGCACGAGAUUUUUCCAUCAACCAGUCACUCACACUGAAGAGAACCCAAACAACAAUAAUGAGUGUGAGGCUGUCUUUCACAGUGGAAGAAUGCACCACAACUGGGGAGAAGGCAGGAAAGCCUUUAGCUGCACAGACACACUUGUUGAGGACCAAGGAGUCCACACUAGAGAAGGGCUUUAUAAUUGCAGCAAAUGUGGAAAAGCCUGUACCCGAAGAUGGAACCUCAUUCAGCACCAGAAAGUCCACACUGGAGAAAGGCCUUAUAAAUGCCAUGACUGUGGGAAAUCCUUUACCCAAAGCUACAGCCUCAAUAGCCAUAGGAAAGCUCACACUGGAGAAAAACUUUAUGAAUACAGGGAAUGUGGAAAAUCUUUUAGUCAAAGAUCCAAACUCAUUCAGCAUCAGAGAGGUCACCCUGGAGAACGGCUUCAUCAGUGUGAUGAAUGUGGAAAAUCCUUUAGCCGAAGCUCCACUCUCAUUCACCACAGAAGACUUCAUACUGGAGAAAGACCUUAUGAGUGCAGUAAAUGUGGGAAAUCCUUUAAGCAAAGCUCCAGCCUCAGUUCACAUCGGAAAGUCCACACAGGAGAAAGGCCUUAUGAGUGUCAGGAGUGUGGAAAAUCAUUUAGCUGCAAAUCUAACCUCAUUAUCCACCUGAGAGUUCACACUGGAGAAAAGCCUUAUGAGUGUCAGGAAUGUGGAAAAUCCUUUAGCUGCAAAUCUAACCUCAUUAACCACCUGAGAGUUCACACUGGAGAAAGGCCUUAUGAUUGUGGAGAGUGUGGAAAAUCCUUUAGUCAAAGAUCCAUCCUCAUUCAACAUCAGAGAAUUCAUACUGGAGAAAGGCCUUAUGAAUGCCAUGAAUGUGGGAAAUCUUUUAGCCGAAAGUUUAGUCUCGUUUACCACCAGAGAGUUCACACUGGAGAACGACCUCAUAAGUGAAGAGAAUGUAGGAAAUCUUUUAGCUGCAAAUCUAACCUCGUUGAACACCUGAGAAUUCACUGGAGAAAGGCCUUGUGAGUGUGGGGACUGUGGAAAAUCCUUUAGCCAAAGUUCCAGCCUCAUUCAACAUUAGAGAGUUCACAGUGGAAGAUGUCUUACAAGUGCAGUGAAUGCAGGUAAUCUGUUAGCUGCUAAUCUGAUCUCAUUCAAUACCAGAGCCUUCAGACUAGUGAAGUGCCGUAGAUAUGCUGGGAUGUACAGUUUACUUCUAGUAUAAUUACGCUGGAGGAGAGAAGUUGUGAGGGAGCCAUCUGCCUGAAUUAAAGCCCAUAUAUCCGAAAGUCUGCAGUGGGGAGAUUUCCCUAAAGUUCCAGGUAUGUGAGAAUCUUUAAGGAACUGUGUUAUAAAUAUAUAAAUUAUAAUUUCUUACCUGCCCAGGACCCUUGCCAGCUUUAUGUUAGUGCCAUCUAUGGCAGAAUUCAUUUCACCUCUAUCACCUGGGAAGUCCACAGUGUGCAAAAGUUACCUCCCAACAUACUCAGGGAAGCUGACCUCUGUCCCAUCCCCAUUUGCGGGGGAAGUGAUGAGUAGUCUUAGCUCUUAUGGGGUCCUCAUUCCCUUCUCAUUUCCAAAGUAGGGCGUGGACCCGACCUAGUCUGGGCCCAGUGGACCCUCUCUGAGUUCCAUUGGUGAUGUGUCGGGAAGCACUGCAUUUUCAGGGACACGUUAGUUUCUGGUGACACUUCUCUUGGAUUUUCCCAGCCUCUGAGUUACCAAGCUGGGAACUGCAUGUCUCCUAUUGCUCUGCAUUUUGUAAUAAUAAAGAUAUUAGUGUUUAAGCCACCUUUGGUCUUGGGGUUCUAUUCACUGUGUGAGGUGAUCUGAAAACAACUGGGCUCUACCAGCAUUAAGGACUGCACAGCUCUCAUGGAGGUCCCAUGCUUUGUGUGCCUCACAUAUCACUAUGAUUAAGAUUAUAGCUGUCUUUCUGGUUUUGGCCUAAUGUACAUUGUUGCCCAGGAUCUCCUAGGAAAGACUGCAGGAGACUGCAGGGUUUCAGGGUCCUAAUUUGUGGACUGGGUAUCAGGGUUUUUUGUGGGCUCAGAAAACACCCUGAGGAGCCAGGAAGUUAUGACAGCCUCCAGUGCUUCUGAUAACAACACAAAUUGUUUUUCUUAUUCACAGUAAAUAUCACAUAAUGCUCAGCAGUUAUCCUGCAAAAAACCACAUGCCCUGAUCCCCAGAGUUCGCUAGAUAAUGCCACUGUAAGACUAGGGCCAGAGGGAACCAUCUUGGUAAAGGAACCCUGGAGCGGAGGAGAAUGCAGUGAAGUAGAUGGAGUAUGCCCCUUCUAAAAUUGCAUCAACAAAUGCUCCAUUGACUGUGACUGUGCAGUAUCAGUGGGCACAGAUGCCCAGAAAUUCUCAGAACCUCCAGGCAAGUGUAUCUUUUGGAGCUGAGGUCAUUGUGAAAGAAAAUAAGCUAUUGGUUUUCUGGAUUCCUAUAACCUCUCUGGGAUGUUCACCUAAAGGCCAUUGCUACACAGAGAAACAAGCAUAGAGAGAAAGGAGAUCCCUUAGUCCAGGGUCCCCAACCCACUGGCCUCGGACCGGCCCGCUCCUAGGCCUG